AUGUAUGAUCAAACUAUUUUGACAAGUAAUCAUCGAUUAUUGAUGACUAAUAAUAAAUCUUGUUCAUCAUCUUCAACAGUUUUCAAACGACAAUCAUCAGGUCAUAUUCCAUUACUCAGUACAAAUGUUCGUCCAUUAUCAAACAUAACAAAUCUUGCACAACAAUCUAAUAUUAAUAAUAAAUCAAAACGUAAAAUAGAUGAAUAUCAAAAUGAUUCAUUUGAAUAUGAUGUUCCUACAAGUAACUAUGCAUCUGUACAAAAACAACAACAACAACUUCAAACACAAUCAUCAUUAAUAAAGCGUGUUAAACAAGAACAUUCAUUUACAGCAAAAAUAAAAAUCUUACCAGAAGAUGAAUCUUUACGAUUAGUAACAUCAACUAUUCAAGGUAUGAAACAUUGGACAAAUAAACAUUUAUCAUAUCCAAUUUUAUUUGAAAUUUUUGGUAAGCUUGAUUCUCAGAUAACAUCAUUAUCAUCAACAAAUACACGUCAAUUUUCAUUAAUUGAUGAAAAAGAUCGUAUUGAAUGUAUAUUUGCUGAAAUGGAUCAAUCAUUUUCUAAUAUUGAUCGAGAUGUUCAACUUCGUGUUAUUUGUCGAUUAAAAUCUGAAAGUAAUAUAGUUCGUUGUAUAGCCAUUCGUAUAGCAGAUAAAGAUGAAUGGCAUGAACGACGUUCUAUUAUUAAACAAUGUGAUCUACAAUUAAAUAAUGAUGAUAUUAAUUCAAAAAAAUUUAAACGAUAUAAUAAAAACUUUCAGAAAUAA